AUGGGAGCUGCAAAUAAUGGCCAUCGUCCUGAUAUAGCAAUCGAAAUAGGGAAACCGACCCACUUCACUGGAGGCGUAGAAUUCUCAAGCCUUACAUACACUAUCAUAAAGAAGAAGGAGGAGGAUGGUAGAUGGGUGACUAAGGAAGUCGACUUAUUGCAUAAGAUCACUGGCUAUGCACCAAAAGGAUGCAUCACAGCAGUUAUGGGUCCAAGUGGAGCUGGGAAAUCAACACUCUUGGAUGGAUUGGCCGGAAGAAUUGCCAGUGGAAGUCUGAGGGGAAGAAUUUCCUUGGAUGGGAUGGACACUAGUCCAAGUUUGAUCAAAAGAACUUCAGCAUAUAUAAUGCAGGAUGAUAGGCUCUUCCCAAUGCUGACAGUCUAUGAGACACUAAUGUUUGCUGCCGAUUUCAGACUCGGACCAAUCUCAAGGUCAGAGAAAAGACAGCGCGUUGAGCAGCUGAUCGAGCAACUUGGUCUAUCCACCACUAGGAACACUUACAUAGGGGAUGAAGGAACUCGAGGAGUGUCCGGAGGUGAACGUCGUAGGGUCUCAAUCGGCGUUGAUAUCAUACAUGGACCUACAUUACUCUUCUUGGAUGAGCCUACCUCAGGACUAGAUUCCACCAGUGCUCACAGUGUUAUUGAGAAAGUACACGAUAUCGCACGAACAGGGAGCACUGUAAUACUGACAAUUCACCAGCCUUCGUCCCGUAUCCAGUUGCUUCUUGAUCAUCUCAUAAUCCUAGCUCGUGGACAGCUAAUGUACCAAGGAUCUCCCAAGGAUGUGACUCUCCAUCUGGGGCGCAUGGGGCGCAAAGUCCCAAAAGGGGAAAACUCCAUAGAGUACCUGAUUGAUGUGAUCCAAGAGUAUGAUCAGUCUGAGCUAGGAGUUGAGGCUCUUGCAGCAUUUACCCUUACUGGGAUGAAACCUCCAUCAUUAUCUGCAGAUGGUUUCUCAACUUCUACUGUCCUUCCAUCUCCAUCUCCAGCUCCACGUUCUGGUCAGCGGGCAAAUGAAAUGAGAGACAAGAGUGGAAAAAACGUUCGAUUACAAUCUGGAGCAGAUGAUAAAUUUGAUAAUAGUGUGAGGAGUCCAUGGAACACAUCAAGGUCUUGGACCCAAAGUGGAAUUAUGCAAGCACUGAAGUUUACACCAACUAGGCAACACCCGGACCAUAGACUUCCAAUGAGUUCAUCACCAGGCUACUACACCUACUACACCCACUCCAGUGAUAUGCUUCAAAGCACUCCAACACCUCAUAGCAGCGAUUACACUGUGAAUGAGAAUGACUAUCUGACCCCAGAUGUUGCUCCAGACAAGAGGGCAUACCUCCAUCUAGGACCAAAAUUUUCGAAUUCCUUCUUCCUUGAGACUUGGAUACUCAUGCGCCGAAACUUCAUAAACAUCAGGCGGACCCCUGAACUUUUCCUUUCCAGACUAAUGGUCCUAAUAGUAAUGGGCAUCAUGAUGGCAACAAUGUUCUGGCACCCUCCAAAAAACAUGCAAGGAAUUACAGACCGUAUUAGUUUCUUCAUCUUUACAGUCUGUCUCUUUUUCUUUUCUUCCAAUGAUGCUGUCCCUGCUUUCAUCCAGGAACGUUUCAUCUUUGUUCGCGAAACUUCUCAUAAUGCCUACAGAGCCUCAUCAUAUACCAUUGCUGGUCUAAUCACUUACCUUCCCUUUCUUGCAAUCCAGGCUGCAGCUUAUGCUGUCAUUGUUUGGUUCGCAUUGAAGCUUCGCGGGCCAUUCCUUUAUUUCUUGCUCGUUCUCUACAUGUCCCUUUUGUCCACCAACUCAUUUGUGGUGUUCGUUAGCUCAAUCGUGCCGAAUUACAUACUUGGCUAUGCAGCAGUAAUUGCAUUCACUGCUCUGUUCUUCUUGUUCUGCGGGUACUUCUUGAACAGCCAUGAUAUCCCCAAAUAUUGGAAAUGGAUGAACUACAUUUCAACGAUGACAUAUCCAUAUGAAGGGCUUCUGAUGAAUCAAUACCAGACUCCAAUUAGUUUUGGAAAAAAUCCAAUAGGACAAGAAGUAACUGGAUUUGGGAUUUUGAAUUCGCUACAUAUUCGUACAGAGGAAUCAAAAAAGUGGGAAAAGGUCUACUUCAUGUUGGGAUGGGCUGUCCUCUACAGAAUUCUUUUUUACGUGGUUCUGCGCUUCUUUUCAAAGAACCAGAGGACAUAA